AUGACUCAAUUCGAACUGACCGUGGCCACGCGUGGCAGUCAUGCUGCGCUGCUGCCCGUGGUGCUCAUUGCAACCUCGAUCAAUGAGGCCCGUCCUACCCCAGUGAUCAAGAUCAACCACGAGGACACUGCCCUGCUCCACGAGGGCGAGAAGGCCAUCGUCCAGCUUACCACUGGCUCCAAUUCGGUGUUUGGUACUUCUAAAGCCAUUCAAGAGCUCUGUGCACACUUCCCGUUUCUGUCGAGCAAGGACACGAAGUUGGAGGGCGAAUGGCUUGCACAGGUGGAAUCCUUCAACACCUUGGACUUCAAGGCGCUUGAUCCCCAGCUUCAGCGCCUUGAUACCCACCUCUUACUGCGGUCUUUCGUGGUCGGAUAUUCGCUCUCCACCGCAGACAUCGCUCUUUGGGGUGCCCUCCGUGGCAACCGGGUCGCUGUUGCAGCGCUGAAAAGGGGCUCUCUGGUUAAUCUGACCCGCUGGUAUCGAUUCUUGGAGGAGCUCUGUCCAUGGGCCUCCUCCGCUGUGGAGUCUCUGAACGCGGCUGCCAAGGAGAAGAAGGCUACCAAGUCCAAGGAGGGUGCCAGCUAUGACAUUGCACUCCGAAACACGGAGAACGGUGUUGUGACUCGGUUCCCACCUGAGCCCUCCGGCUAUCUCCACAUCGGCCACGCCAAGGCUGCCCUCCUCAAUGACUACUUUGCGCAUGAGAAGUACAACGGAACGCUCCUUCUUCGGUUCGAUGACACCAAUCCCUCGAACGAGAAGGAGGAGUUCCAGGACUCGAUUGUGGAAGACCUGGCUCUCAUGGGCAUCAAGCCCAACAAGAUGACCUACACCAGUGAUUACUUCGAUGAGUUGUAUGACUACUGUGUGCAGAUGAUCAAGGAUGGAAACGCCUACGCCGAUGACACAGACAAGGAGACCAUGGCAGCCCAGAGAAUGGACGGUUUGCCCAGCAAGCGUCGCGACCUCACGCCCGAGCAGUGCUUGGCGCACCUGGAGGAGAUGAAGAACGGGUCUCCCGAGGGUCUGGGGUGGUGUAUUCGUGCUAAGAUCUCGGUCGACGACAAGAACAAGGCUCUUCGUGAUCCGGUCAUCUACCGCUGUAACCCGGCGCCCCAUCACCGCACAGACACAAAGUGGAAGAUCUAUCCCACCUACGACUUUGCCUGCCCCCUUGUUGACUCGAUGGAAGGUGUCACUCAUGCGCUGCGAACCAUUGAGUACCGGGACCGCAACCCGCAGUACCAGUGGAUGCUUGAUGCACUCAAGCUGCGUACGGUGCAGAUCUGGGACUUUGCUCGCAUGAACUUCAUCCGGACCCUGCUGUCGAAGCGCAAAUUGACCAAGCUGGUCGACCAAGGCGUCGUCUGGGGCUGGGAUGACCCGCGCUUUCCCACCAUCCGGGGCAUUCGCCGCCGUGGUAUGACGAUCCCCGCGCUGCGCGAGUUUAUCUUGAAGCAGGGCCCGUCCAAGGCUGUCACGCUCUUUGACUGGAGUCUCAUCUGGGCCACCAACCGCAAGUACAUUGACCCUGUUGCGCCCCGCCACACCGCGAUUGUCAACAAGGGCAUUGUCAAGGCGACGUUGACUGGCGCUCCGGCCACCCCGUACACCGAGGAGAAGCCCAAGCAUAACAAGAACUCGGCGGUUGGUAUGAAGAAGGUCGCUUUUAGCGGUUCGUUGGUACUGGAGCAGGAGGACGCCAAGCUCUUCAAGCAGGAUGAGGAGAUCACCCUCAUGGGCUGGGGCAACGCCAUCGUACGCAAGAUUGCCACCGAUGCUUCGGGCACCGUGACUGGCCUCGAGCUCGAGCUCCACUUGGAGGGCGACUUCAAGAAGACCGAGAAGAAGGUGACUUGGCUGUCCAACGAGGGCCAAGACCUUGUUCCCGUGGAGCUUGUUGACUUCGACUAUCUGCUGAACAAAGACUCUCUGAGUGAGGAGGAUGCUCUGGAAGACGUACUGAACCCCAAGACCGAGUUCCGUGAGAACGCCGUGGCGGACUGCAACGUCGCCGAGCUCAAGGACGGCGAUAUUAUCCAGUUCGAGCGCAAGGGCUUCUACCGCCUUGACCGGGCCUAUGCUCCCGGUGCGCCGGCGAUCUUCUUCAACAUCCCCACGGGCAAGACGAAAUGA